CUUUCAUCCUCUCACUUGAAAAGUGGAGCGCAGUUCCGUUCGAGGUGUCACAGUCGUGCGCACUAAACAAUUCCAGACGGAGUCAUGCGCGGAGACUGCGUGUUGCUCGCGGUUUUUUGGGUCGGUCUCACCGCAGGGCUCCCUAACGAUGCCAUACACUGGACAUACGCAGAGGGAGCUUUGGACCAGAUGCACUGGGCAACUAAGUACCCCGCAUGUGGGGGCAAGAAACAGUCCCCGAUUGAUAUCCAAAGGCGCAGCGUGAGACACAAUCCAGAUAUCUUGCAGCUGGAGUUGAGUGGAUAUGAUGCUCAGAGAGGGACUUUUCUCAUGUCCAACAAUGGACACUCAGUCCAAAUUGACCUGCCGCCCACCAUGGAGAUCACAAAGGGCAUGCCAGGAAAAUACACAGCCGUUCAGAUGCAUCUGCACUGGGGUGGCUUGGACCUGGAGGCCAGCGGAGCGGAGCACACCAUCGACGGAAUUCGCUACAUGGCAGAGCUCCAUGUUGUCCACUACAAUUCAGACAAGUACAAGAGCUUUAUGGAGGCCAGAGAUAAACCAGACGGGUUGGCUGUACUCGCAUUUUUCUACGAAGAUGGUCAUUUUGAGAACACCUACUACAGUGACUUCAUCUCCAACCUUGGCAAAAUCAAGUAUGCAGGUCAGUCCAUGACCAUUUCCAGCUUGGAUGUGCGCUCCAUGCUCCCUGAGAACCUCAGCCAUUUCUUCAGAUAUCAGGGCUCCCUCACAACACCGCCCUGCUACGAGAGCAUCCUCUGGACCGUGUUCGAUACACCCAUCACUCUUUCGCAUAACCAGAUCAGGAAGCUGGAGAGCACACUAAUGGACAUGGACAACAAGACCCUGUGGAACGACUACCGCAUCGCUCAGCCUCUCAAUGACCGAGUGGUGGAGUCGUCGUUCCUUCCUAGACUUGGGAAAGGAUCCUUCUGCCGACAAGACGAAAUCGAAUCCAAGCUGCUGAAAAUUGAAGGCCUGAUAACAUCUCUCGGAAGAACCGUGUACUCAGGUGGGCGACAUGACUCACAGCCAACCAAAAAUGAACGUCAAGCUUUAUUUCCUCUGGUGCUGAACUUCCCUCAAGGGAAUUCUGGUAGUUACACCAGGGUUCACCUCGACCAUCCGAUGGAUCUCGACUCGUUCACCAUCUGUAUGCACGUCAUACCCGAAACGGAGGGCGCGCACAACCUCAUCUCCUACGCCAGCGACGGAGUCCACAAUGAGCUGAUGAUCUCCGUCAGCGAGGACAGAGAUGCCAAGGAGAUGGGCCUGUGGAUCGGCAACGAGUUUGUUAACCUGCCGUACAACAUCAAAUCCCAAGACUGGGUCAACUACUGCAUCACCUGGACGUCCGACAGUGGCGGAGUGACGCUGUGGGUCAACGGAAUGGUCGGAGAGCGACGCUACCUAAAAAGUGGUCACACCAUCAUCUCCGGCGGGGUCUUCAUCCUGGGCAACAACCAGGACGGGUUGCUGGGCAUCUCCAACACCGACUCCUUUGCGGGAAAGUUGACCGACGUGAACGUCUGGGACUAUGUGCUGACCACGGCAAAUAUUCGGGACCAGAUGUCAUGUGUGGGGGACGGUGUGGCACAGGGAAAUGUGUUGAGUUGGGGUACCACCAAAUUGAGCUUGUAUGGGGGGAUCCAGCUGGGCAGUCAGCACAGAUGCUCCUGAAACACUGUCAUGCUGCAGUUUAAUCUUUCAAACGCAUCGUACUGUAGCCUAUAAAACCUAAAAAGUGGCUUAGUGUGAAACUCCUCACUUCAACUGAAAACCCAGACGAAGCAUAGCUCCUCAUACAAAUGUAUCUCUCAAAUGAAAUAUAUAACUUCAAUGUAGUACUUCCUUCACAUCAUUUUAUUUUUAUUUGACUAUAGAGAUGGGGAUUUUAGUGACAUUUUAGCGCAUUGUUAAAAAAAAAGUGCAACACAUAAGACACAACUCUAUUUUUUUUCUCUCCUGGGGCUUGACGCAUAUAUAAAGGCUGAGAAAAUAAUCUACAACUAUAUUGUGGAAUAUCAAAUAAAAUUCUGAAGGUGUUAACCGGGGCUACAGAUUUCAGAAGGGGCUAUUCAUCUGAGGUUUUUUUGUUGUUGCAAAUAACAGCAGAUAUGAUCAGGCAGAGGACAUAAAUGGUGACUUGGGGGCUUUGAAUGCUUCACUAAUAAUAUAAAAUGUACAUCAAUACGAGGCGUGGCAAUCACAAGGAAACGAGACUGUGGCAGCCGCAUUCGUGACUCAAAAGCAAUGGGAGUGUGUGAUACACAAAAUUCUGCAAAAGAAGCAAAUGAGAGAGGAAAAUGAAGGAGAUUGGUGCAGAAUAGUAAUGAGGUGACAAAGGCAGUCAGCCAUGCUGCCAGUUUCUUUAUUGUCACUCCUCGUAUUAAACGUCAACAAGUUUCAUUCAUACAUUCAUCAUCUUUCUUUUGGGAAUAAAGUUACAUACUUAAUGUCUA